GACGCUCCCGGCGCCGGAAGCAGCUGUCGGUGCUCAGGGUAGGUGCGGCGGUCGCAGGUGCAGCAGACAUGGGGGAACCCCGGGAGCCUAUGAGGAUCCUAGUGACAGGGGGCUCUGGGCUGGUCGGCAGAGGCAUCCAAACGGUGGUGGCAGAUGGAGCAGGUCUGCCUGGAGAGGACUGGGUGUUUGUCUCCUCCAAGGAUGCUGACCUCACGGAUGCAGCGCAGACGAGGGCCCUGUUUGAGAAGGUGAGGCCGACGCAUGUCAUCCAUCUUGCCGCGAUGGUCGGGGGCCUAUUCCGGAACAUCAAGCACAAUUUGGACUUCUGGAGAACAAACCUGCACAUCAACGACAACGUUCUGCACGCGGCCUUUGAAGUGGGCGUCCACAAGGUGGUCUCCUGCCUGUCCACUUGCAUCUUCCCCGACAAGACCACCUACCCUAUUGAUGAGACCAUGAUCCACAACGGCCCCCCUCACAGCAGCAAUUUUGGCUACUCAUACGCCAAGAGGAUGAUCGACGUCCAGAACAGGGCCUAUUUCCAGCAGCACGGCAGGACCUUCACCGCAGUCAUCCCUACGAACGUCUUUGGACCCCAUGACAACUUCAACAUAGAGGACGGCCACGUGCUGCCCGGCCUCAUCCACAAGGCGCACCUGGCCAAGAGCGGCGGUUCAGCCCUGACUGUGUGGGGCACGGGGAAGCCCCGACGACAGUUCAUCUACUCACUGGACCUGGCCCGGCUCUUGCUUUGGGUCCUCCGUGAGUACAGUGAGGUGGAGCCCAUCAUCCUCUCAGUGGGCGAGGACGACGAGGUCUCCAUCAGGGAGGCGGCUGAGGCUGUGGCGGAUGCUAUGGACUUCCACGGGGAGGUCAUUUUUGAUACAAGCAAGUCGGACGGGCAGUUCAAGAAGACGGCUAGUAACAGCAAGCUGAGAGCCUACCUGCCGGACUUCCAGUUCACACCCUUCAAGCAGGCCGUGAAGGAGACCUGCACCUGGUUCACUGAAAACUAUGAACAGGCGCGGAAGUGA